CAUUGCUGAAAGCCAAUUCAACUUUCAAAACAGUCUCAAUAGCAAGCAAGCCAUUAGAAGAAGAGUCAAAAGGAAGAAGAAGCAAAGCAAAGGGAAGAAGGAACUACCAAAACCAUAAACGGCACGUUGAUUCAAGAAAGUGACAGUUUUUCACAAUUCUUUCCCUUCUUCUUCUUCUUCUUGUUUUCCUUGAAUUUUUAUUUUUUUGACUCUAAACGUGUCAUCUACUUCCUCUUCAUUUCUUGAUAAUUAAGGUCCAAUUCUCCAGUCUCCAAUAUUGAUUAUUUAAUCUACUAUUUCUGUUGAAGCAAACGUCUCAUCGUUUUCUUUUUCUAAUUAUAAUUUCUGAACUUAAACUACAAGUUCAACUCUUUUUUCAUCUUCUUAUAUAUUUCUUUUAGCUCAUUCUUGAUUUUUAUCCAUACCCAUCGUGUCAUCUUUCUUUUUCUUCGACUUCAUUUCGUGAUUUUAAGAAUCACAUCAGAUAACAAGAAACCCAUUUGGAUUUUGCUACAUUUUUGCGAUAUUUCUUCUUUUUCUCAUCUGGGCCUUGCUCGUUUGCUCCUUUUUGUUACUUUAUAUAUAUUAAAGAUUAUUUCUUAACUGGGUUUUCUUUUCUUGGAUUCUUUGUUAUAGUCAACUAUGGGUGAUUUAGAUGACUCACCAACAGUUGAGAUAACAGGCAGGAUCAUGGUAAUAGCCAUAAUAAUUCUAUUUAUGGUGGUGGUUUUUGUUCUUUUACUUCAUCUUUAUGCAAAAUGGUUUUGGUGGAGAAUUGAAGAGCCAACUUCACCUCCACACUCUCGCCGGAACCGUCGCCGGUUUGUCUUUACCCCUGGCCAAGACCCAGUUCGGAGAGGGUUAGAUAUGUCAGUUCUGAGAUCCUUGCCAGUGGUAAUUUUCCAGUCUGAAGAUUUUAAAGAUGGAUUAGAAUGUGCAGUUUGUUUAUCUGAAAUCGCACAAGGUGAAAAGGCUAGAUUGUUGCCCAAAUGUAACCAUGGAUUCCAUGUUGAUUGUAUUGACAUGUGGUUUCAAUCUCAUUCCACUUGUCCUCUUUGUAGAAAUUCAGUAGCUCCACAGCAAGAAUGCUCUAGUUUCGAUAGUAAUGAUUUUCAAGAAAGUAAUACUCAGUCUCAAGAGGAAAUUUUGAUUCCUGGGUAUUCAACAGAGUCUCCAAAUUUCCCCACAAAUGUGUUGUUUUGGGGUGACCUGACUCAAGUAAGCACUGGUGGUGGUGGUGGUGGUGGUUUGGAAGAAGGGAGCUCUACUCAAGCAACUUCUUCCUCAUCUGGUUCAGGUGGUAGUAGAAGUAGUAGUAGAAGGCAAGAAGAGAUGUUGGUAAUUGAUAUACCUUUGCAAACGAGUGAUUAUACUGAGGAAGAAUCCAAGUCUCCAAUGCCUACGCAACGGUUAAGGUCAUUGAAGAGACUUCUGAGCAGGGAAAAAAGGGUUUCUCCUAGUAGCUCUGCUAGUUCUGAUGUUUAAUCAAUGGAUAGAAGAUUUGUAUAGGUCUUGAAAUUGCCUAUUUAUAACUGAAGAUAUUGCAUUAUCUCGUCAAACAUUCGCUUGGCUUAGUUGGAGUUAAUCAAGAAAUUUGAGUCUUUAUCAUCCUUGAAAUUUGAUUUUGCUCGGUUUCUUAUGAUUCUUGAUGCUGAGAUUACUAAAUUCUGCUAUGCAAUGUUUGGGUGGCGACUCUGUUUUGAACCCAGAAUUCUAGAGAACAAAAUGUUUGAAAUGAAUGUAUUUAGGAUACUAGGCAGGCUUCUCUGUUUAAAGAAAGGUGGAGAGCAAUAUCGAUCCAUCUCCUUUACAGAAGAUGUAUUUCUGUAACAUUCUUGUUUUUUUCUUUUGAUCCAUUUUCUCCCUUUUGAUCUUUAUGAACAUAUUUAUCUGUUGUGGGCUGUA